AUGCAGACCAACGUGCUUUUGGGCCUACCAUUAGCACUGACAGGCAUCAGCAUAAUUAUGGUUUCUCUUCGCCUAUAUGUGCGCAGGGCCGGUAAACUUGGUUGGGAAGAUUGGAUAAUGCUAUUAGCACUGAUAUUCCAGGUCAUCAGGCGGACGCUCGCAACAUUAUCAACGAUGUACGAGCUUCGGAACGCGCCAACAGACCAGGAGUUUGAUAUUGACUUUCAAAAUGAUCUCAAGUACAACUUUCUAAGCAUUCCUUUCGAAGCGACAGUCUCGAUCCUAGCGAGACUUUCCAUUGUUAUACUUUUGAUCCGCCUAUUUUCUGUGCAUAUCUGGUACCGACGGCUUUUGAUCAGUCUCCUCGCUGUGGCAUCUCUGCUCACUAUCACUGUGGUGCCGGUCACAUUCUUCCAGAUAAGCCCAGCCGAAGCGCUGUGGGAAGUGGAUCUACCGUACGAACGUCGCUGGGGCCCAAAUGUCUCAGUAUACUGGGCCAUUAUCACUCAAUGUUGGUACUUUUCACACAAAUCAUAA